AUGCAUUUCCAUACGACUUCAAGUUUUCUUUUUGUUGUUCAAAAAAGAAUAAUUUUAUCUCUUAAAGACUUUUCAAUGUCAUUUCGAGCUUUUACAACGGACCGCUCGUACGUUGAUUUAUUUGAAGACCUCAUAGAGACAACGCAGUCUGAACUUGAGCAGAAGCGGCGUGAAGAAAGUGAAGGGAAGAAAGAAAUAGAAAUCGUGACAAUAGAAGAUCUGAGUCAAAAAAUGGAUUCUUCAAUUAACAAAGCAACAUUCCCAAUAGAAUUUCAACAAUCCAGUCCUGCUCUUUUGAUCCCAAAUCAACUCAGAAAAUCCAUUUCUCCACAUCAAAUACCAUCUAACACUAUUAAAGAAACUGUCUUAGUCCCUUUAACAAUGGAAAAUGGCAAAUUUAUUGAGACUCCUACUACCCUCGAGGAAGAAAAAGUGCCAGAAAACACUCAAAAAGAGCGAGAGAAAACACCUGCGACGUCAUCCUCUGUUUCGCGAAUCGAAGUGUUGGUCGACACUUCCGUUAAGUCUGCAGAUUUCGAUAAACCAAUCACCUCUUUUGAUAUCAAAACGUUUCUGUACAACUUCCCACAAGAGGAAUGGUUCUUUGUACUCAACUGUACAUCGUUAAACACUCAACUCUCAAAGAUCGAGUUCCUUCAAAUAGCACAAGAACUCGACAAUUUCUGUUUGUCACUGAAAGACACGAUGGAGUGCAGUUUUGAAAUCAUCGCGCAAUUUUACUUCACCAAAUUGUGUAGUAAAAAUGCAGAGUCGAAGAACUCGGAGACUCUUGAGAAGAAUAUUAUGACAACGUACCAACACUACGCAACGGCUAUUGGUGCUUAUAAGGUCGCAGCGACAUUGAAAACUUUAAAUUCUUUAAAAUGUGACAUCACGUACGACAUCUUUGCCGACGUCCUCUCUCAGACGUUUUCUAUCACACAGAGCGCCACUAUUGAUGAUAAGUUGUAUGAGAAUCUCAGAAUCCUGUGCGAUUGCAUCUUGAAAAAUAGUGAGGGCUUCAUGUCGACUGAAAACGCACAAGCAGCACUGGAACGAUGUGAUAUGAGCCACACAAAGUUGGUGGACAUCAUGUGUCACUGCACUUUUGGGAAGGAGGGGAUGAUGUCCACUGAGGAGUUUGUGUACUGUGGAUUCCACUUGAAAUACUUUGAGGCAUGUCUUGUUGAAUUUACUUGGGCUGGGGUAUAUAGUCCUUCUUACUCUGUAAAUUUGGCUCUUUAUAACACACUGUUUCAUGCCCUUGAUAUCACUAGAACAGGAAUUCAAUUUGGAGCAUUCAAAAAGUUCAUCUUGACGGGGAAAAAGAGGGGGUUAAUGAUGACGAGAGACAUCAGAAAGUUCUUUAAUCAACUCGACAAGAACGGAGAUGGCAAUUUGGACUUCGAAGAGUUCUCAAAAGCAUUUGAGAGAAUGCUCCUCUUCGGAUUUAAAAAGAACGAGAAGAUCCCAUAUCUUGAGGUCAAAAGUAACUCAAUCCUCUUCGACCAAAAUGACUCCUUGAUCGUGGCCGGGGCAAGAGAGUCAUCAUCCUUUGCUAAAAAUGACAUCUUCAACCCACUCAGUGGUAUUCAGAAAUUCGUCAGCUCUUCAGAACAAAAAAUCCUUUCAAAGAGCAAAGAAUUGAAAAAGAGUAAAGAACUGAAGAAAAGCAAAGAGGCGAUCAAAUCAACCGAUUUAAAUCGAAGCAAAAGUGUUCUCAAAUUGGAUAUCAAAGAAUCUCUCAAAAAGGUUCAAGAAAGUCAGGAAAAAGAAAAAAGGUCAAAAACUAAAUCCCCAAAGACACAAAACCCAACGAAAAAGGGGAAAAAGUUGAAGAAGGAAAAAAAAGACAAGAAAAAGACGGGAAGUUGUGUCAUCUGUUAA